UAAAAGAAGCGGAGGCGAGAUGGAGCUGGAUAACAGCUCACUGGACUACUUUACCAGCAACUCCACAGAAAACCCUGACACCAUUACAGCUCCACCCUGGAGUGAGGCAACAAUUCUCGGUUUCCAGAUCUCCCUCUCUGCCGUGUUAGCCCUCGUCACCUUGGCUACCGUGCUUUCAAACGCCUUCGUCAUCGCCACCAUCUAUCUGACCAGGAAGCUCCACACACCUGCCAACUUCCUGAUCGGCUCCCUGGCUGUCACAGACCUGCUGGUGUCUAUUUUAGUAAUGCCGAUCAGCAUCGUCUACACUGUCAGCAAGACGUGGUCGCUGGGGCAGAUUGUUUGUGACAUCUGGCUGUCGUCUGACAUCACCUUCUGCACGGCCUCCAUCUUGCACCUGUGUGUGAUUGCAUUGGACCGCUACUGGGCCAUCACAGACGCACUGGAGUACACAAAACGCCGCACCAUGCGCCGGGCAGCGGUCAUGGUCGGGGUAGUGUGGGUGAUCUCCAUAUCUAUUUCCAUGCCUCCACUUUUCUGGCGGCAGUCCAAAGCCCACGAGGAGCUCACAGAGUGCUUGGUGAAUACAGAUCAGAUCUCUUACACCCUAUACUCCACCUUCGGCGCCUUCUACGUCCCCACGGUGCUUCUCAUCAUCCUCUACGGACGGAUCUAUGUAGCCGCCCGCUCCCGCAUCUUUAAAACGCCGUCGUCUUCUGGGAAGCGUUUCACCACAGCACAGCUCAUCCAGACCUCUGCAGGCUCCUCUCUCUGUUCUCUAAAUUCUGCCUCCAACCAGGAAGCCCACCUACACUCUGGCAAUGUGGGAGGUGGGGGAGGAUCACCUCUGUUCAUGAAUAGCGUGAAAGUGAAGCUGGCAGACAGCGUGCUGGAGAGGAAACGCCUGUGUGCGGCUCGGGAGAGGAAAGCGACCAAGACACUGGGCAUCAUCCUGGGCGCUUUCAUUGUUUGUUGGCUCCCGUUCUUUGUGGGCACACUCGUCACGGCCAUAUGUAAAGAGUGCUGGUUUGAUCCAGUGCUUUUUGAUGUAUUUACCUGGCUGGGAUACCUGAACUCCCUCAUCAAUCCUGUUAUCUACACCGUAUUCAACGAUGAAUUCAAACAAGCUUUCCAGAAACUCAUGAAAUGCAGACGCUUCCACUGAAAAAAACUGAUUCAAACUUUUAAAGAACAGUGAGUGUGAAAGAGAAAAAGCAAACAACAUGAUAAUUAUAAUGGAAGUACUGUGUACACGUAAAUGUCCCAUCUUGUUUUUUUUUAUAUCAAACAGCUCUGUGCCAUAGCUCUUUAGAUCCCUAAAGCAUAUCAUCCAUAUAGGCUUAAUCAUGCAUGCUAUAAAAAGGAAAUCUUGAUCCCGAAGAAUGGUGGAACUCUUCUUCAAAGAUGAAGAAAGAGGAUUUCAAGACCAUUUAAAUGUCAAUGGGACACUUGUGUUAUUUUCUUUGACAAAGGCAGAGAUCAAAAACAAGGAUUGGUGUGACGGUGUGGGACGAGGAAACUCAGAAGGACUGGAUUUAAUCCAGCGGAAAUGAAAAGCCAUGAAAUAUAUGUUGUCUUAAUCUCUGUGUUAUUCUGUGUGCUGCUGCUCCCAUAACAUGUCUCUGUGGUACAGUAAAGCACUUAGAAAAGACUGCAAAACUCCAGAGAUUCAGUAUAUGUUGCCAUGUUCAUGCAAUUAUAUUUGAAAGUGGUGUGUGUAUGUAUGUGUGUGGGUGUGUGUGUACUGUAUGUGUGGGUACAGGUAGUUAAUUUACUGUAAUAUAUGCGUGUUUGAGGAAGGGAGGCUUGUCAAGUGUCUGACAUUUAUGCUUUUCCCAGUGAGGCUUGUCUCGUCGUUACAGAGACAGAAAUGGAAACAGCAUUUCCACUCUGCCUCUGAAUUUUAAGUAACAGCCAAUGCCAUAGCAACAAAUAAACCCAUUCAAAAACAUUAUGAAAUGAUGUGCUCUGCUAUGAGGACAGGGAUCAGAGUGGCGGCUUCUGAGGGCAAAUUGGAAUCUAUUUUUGCGAUUUUAUGUGUUUGGUUUAUUCAAUGUUAAUGCCUGUGUUACAGUUCAGUAAAAGAGUAUCAUUGACAGAUGGUAUAACCUCUGCAGAAGUGUUUUCAGGAUAAAAUCAUACUAUUAGCAGUUUUCCUAGCGACUCUUCUACUUACUUCCAUAUGAAAAACUGAUCAGUGCCACCGAUUGGCUAAUGAAUAACACACUGCAUAGUUAGUGCACAAGUUUAUGGCAAACAAAGAAAUGCAAACUUAAAAUGAAAUGUACAUGCCAAACA